AUGUCAGAUAAUAUUGCAUUCAUUGGUCUGGGGGCAAUGGGCUUUGGCAUGGCCUCGAACGUUCGGAAGAAGAUGCCACCUACUGCCAUUCUUUACAUUUACGACAUAUAUAGGCCGUCAUGUGAGCGAUUCCAUGAAGCAAUGAAGGAAUUUGGGCCCAUCACCAUUACGGAAUCACCUCGAGAUGCCGCUGAGAAUGCUGGGGCUGUUAUCUCCAUUGUACCAGGUGCCAAAGAAGUGCGGCAAGUGUAUCUUGACGAAGCAAGCGGCGUCAUUUCGUCCAAGGGCGACCCAAAUCGUGUUAUAUUAGAGUGCAGCACUAUAGACUCUCAAUCUUCUAGAGAAGUGGGAGAGGCGCUCCUGGCAGCAGGAAGAGGAAACUAUGUCGACACUCCAGUCUCAGGCGGUGUUCCAGCCGCAGACAAAGGGAUGUUGUCAUUCCUAAUUGGGCAUUCAAAACCAUCAGACACAGAUUCCGUCUCUGUCCAACUGCAGGCUAUUGCAUCUAUGAUGGGCGACCCCAAGAAGUUCUUCUUUUGCGGAAAAUUAGGUGCAGGACUUGCCGCGAAAAUCAGCAACAACUAUCUAUCAUGCUCUCUGGUACUUGCCAUUGCGGAAGCUAUGGCUAUUGGUAUUAAAUCUGGAAUUGAUGGGAAACUUCUUCACGAAGUCAUUCAUAACUCCACCGGCCAGUCAUUCAUGGCGGAUCACGUUCAACCUGCUCCAGGAAUAGUUGAUCAUGCGCCUAGCAGCAAUGACUAUAAACUCGGAUUCAAAACGCAGAUGAUGAUUAAAGAUCUCAGUUUAGGAGUCCAAGCGGGAGAAGCAACUGGCAUUGAACCAACUAUUGCCAGGACAGCAUUGAAAGUGUUUGAAAAGGCUGCUGUGGACCCGCAAUGCAUUGAUCGGGAUGGAUCGUCGGUAUAUUUGCAUAUUACGAAUCCCCCACAACAAUGA